AUGCAGGACUUGGUCGAUGAGAGCCUGAUAUUGAACCCAAACUCUACAGCAGGGGUGGUGAAUCACAUCGUGCAAACACUACGUCUGCAACAUGGCCCCGAUCUGAUAGACGAGAGCCCGUUCCCAGCGAUCGGCGUUGAUGGGAACCCUAUCUCACCCGUCUCACCUUACGCAUCCAAAUGGGUCUUCAAUAACGCUGGUGGUGCCAUGGGCAGCAUGUACAUCAUUCACGCCAGUAUUACUGAGUACCUGAUCAUCUUCGGCACACCCUUAGGGACCGAGGGGGCCACAGGACGACACACCGCGGACGACUUCUUCUACAUCCUCGAAGGCGAGCAGUGGGCGUACAAUGCACAUUCCCUAGUUCGAGAGCAGUACCCCAAGGGGAGUAUGCAUCAUCUCUCGCGUGGCGAUGUCCAGCAGUACAAGAUGCACGAAGGUUGCUGGGCACUCGAGCUAGCGCAAGGCUGGAUACCCCCUAUGCUGCCGUUCGGGUUUGCAGACACACUCUUUUCCACAUUGGACUUUCCUACAUUCUCCAACACGGUGUGGUUGACCGCGAAACUCAUGGUCCGCUGUUUGCUUGUGGGGAAGAUAUAG